AUGAGAAAAUAUUUCAAUAAUGAAAAUGAUGGGCCACAGCAAGAAAGUAAUAAUACCUCUGAGGAUGAACCAACUUUUGUCGACACUCUAGAAAUAUUUGAUGAGACAAAUUUUGAUAUAACAUGGAACCUAGAAGACCAAUUUGGCAUAUUUGAAAACUUUACGAUGAUGGCAAUGUUUAUAUGGGCUGUAAAAUAUAUUAUAUCAAAAACUGCUUAUCAUGACCUGAUUCAAAUUUUACUUCACCCACAAUUUAAUAAAAAUUAUUUGAUUACUAAUUUACAAACACUUAAAAAAUAUCAGGAAAAACUUCCUUUAAUACAAAUCCAAAGUUACAAGGUUCCAAUUAAUCCUUGA